UUCGUAUAGGGCCGGAUUAUCAGACGUCUCCGUCGAAUAAGUGGGUCUCAGUUUUGAGGUUUCUCUUUGGUCUGAACCUAUCCAAAACCUACCUGGUGAUUUUCUGGGUUCCCGUUGUUCUGAAUCUGUCUCAAAUACUCCCCACCCAAGAUUUUGGGCUUGUUCGAUUAAUAGCUAGAAAAAUAUUUUUGGACUCUUUCCGGUGUUCCUGUUGUAUAUAUUUUUCUAGAGUCAGAGUUUGGCUGUGCUUUUGGAUUUUAUCCGCCUCCAAAACCAGGGCAUUUUUUGGCUACCUUGAGUUUUUCUGGAAUUUGGGGCAAGAAUCCAACCAAUUCAAGUUUCUAAAUAUCUUUUUUCCUCUUCCUCAUUUGCUCUCGGAGUUUCUGUCAAAAAUAUUUUCUAGAGACCGAGUUGGGUUUAGGUUUUGGAAUUUCUCUUGUACCUAAACCUAGGCCUUUCUGAGAUGCUGGUGUUUUUCUAGAAUUACCGGCAUGGUAUUUUCUUCAUUCAACCAAAAUCAUGUUUCCAAUUACCUUUGUCUCAAAUAUUCCCCAAGUUAUACAAAUCUCAAAUAAUAAAAACAAACCUGUUGAAACUUGUGAAGUUCUCUGGAUUUCCUCUCCAGAUUGUUGUCCUGAAUCUGUAGUAACCGAAUAUUUAAUUGAAUGUGAACAAAUACGUGCUGGAGAAAAACCAAAAAAUGGAAUGUCUCAAACUUGUAAAAAACGCUCUUCUUCAGAAACUGCUUCGACUUUAAUGGGAGAAGAGGAAAUUGUUCCAGACGAUGAAAAUGCUCUUUUUGCGCUUUAUUUGGCAAAUUAUAACGUGAAAAAAGCUAAAGCAAAAGCUCCCUUUGAAUGGCCUGCCCUCUGUUCAGUUAACGGACCUCGCUUAACACAACCACAAGGUACUUUGAGAACAUGGACAGAAGAGGAUUGCGAAAAUUUUGAGAAAGGAAUGGCUGAGCAUGGAAAACACUUUUUGAAGAUUCAACGAGACCAGUUACAAAGGAGAACAUUGGGCGAAAUUGUUAGUUUCUACUACAGCUGGAAAAAGAGCGAACGGCACAAUAUUUGGAGACAAGUCCAACAAAGUCGUCGAGAACUUCAACAUGUUGAUGUUAAAUGUGUUGAUUUAAUGGGACAAAUUGCUGAAUCUAUUUUACGUCAAAAUCAGGUAGAGGUGGUUAAAGAGGAAAGAAAUGGGGGAAAUAUUGUGGUGGAGAAUUCGAUAACAGAUACUUUGAAGACGACAACUUCUACUUCGACUGAAUAA